AUGGGUGUCGCAAAGAAGACGCGCAAGUUCGCACAGGUCAAGCGCAUAAUCUCGCGCCGCGACGCACGCCUCAAAGAAAACCAAACCAAAGCCGCCGACAAAGCCGCCGCCGCCGCAGCAUCCAAGCCCUCGGCCUCAGGCGACAUCGUGCGCCGCGAAGUCCCGCAGCUCCCCUCGUCGCUCUUCUUCCAGCACAACGAAGCAUUGGUUCCGCCCUACAGCGUCCUCGUCGACACCAAUUUCCUCAGCCACACCGUGCAGCGCAAGCUGCCGCUCCUCGAGUCCAUGAUGGACUGCCUGUACGCGAAAUGCACCCCCAUCAUCACCAGCUGCGUCAUGGCCGAGCUGGAGAAGCUAGGGCCGAAAUAUAGGAUCGCGCUGAGGAUCGCGCGCGACGAGAGGUGGGAGAGGUUGCAGUGUGAUCAUAAGGGUGUUUAUGCUGAUGAUUGCAUUGUUGAUCGCGUUAUGAAACACCGCGUAUAUAUUGUCGCAACCAACGAUAAGGACCUCUGCCGCCGGAUACGCAAGAUCCCCGGUGUCCCUAUCCUAAACGUAGCUCGGGGAAAAUACGUGAUUGAGAGAUUACCCGGUGCUCCUCAAUAG